GAAAUUCAGGGUGUGUUGAGUCUCCCAAAGAUCGCAGUCAUCAAGGGUAUAUGUAUUGCUUCUUGUAUCCCCAGCCUUAGAAAUUGUCUUCAAAUGAAAUGCAAACCCGUUUGACUUGAAAAUCAACCUUACGUGCUGGAAUGAAGUAUUACAUGCGAACAACUGUGUAAACGGACCCUUCUUAUUGAAUAAUGACAAACGCUGCUUUGAAAGAGGCAGGUUUGCUAAUUAAGGCAGUGCAGAAGGAAUCGGAUCAUUCACACUCCGGAAGUGGCCAAAAUGAGGGGCAGACCACACAGACUGACCUUCUCUGGUGAUUCCCACGUCGAAUCGGUGAUUAUAUGAAAUGCACAGCAGAAGUGAGGAAAGUAAACAGAAGGAGCUGAUCGGGCUUUUACUGUUAGUGCUCAAAGUGACUGUGGAUUUUCAACAACUACCUGUGCAGUGUUGUCAAGUUUCUCAACGGUUAUAGCUACAGUUAGCAGUGAACUGCUUUUCUCUGAAUUAGCAUACAAAUAUAACAAUCGUUUACCAUCUUAUAAGCUUGACUCUCGUAUGUUGAAGUCAUGGGGCGAUGGUUUGAUUAGACACAUCAUUACAACCAAUAUUAAUGGAAAUGUAUGCUCUCUUGCAUGGAAAAGAACAAUAAGGCUAAUCAAUUUCUGUUAAAGUUCCUCGGAAAAUAAUGGAAAUGAUUCCGUGGGCUAAGAAGCCAGAUUAAACAGCGGGAAGCAUAAAAAAAGAGUAAAAAGGACAUGAAGCUAACGAACUAACAAACCAGCAUAUAUAAUAAUGAAAAGUUUUACUCACAACAAAAUGUAACCUAAAAGACUCCAGGUUGAAAAUGCCCCAGCACCAUUAACAUUCUCUUGAUUUUAAUUGUGUUAUGAUAACUAAAUUCAAAGGUAUAUGAAGUGCCGUUCAGUCAGACAUGACACCCAAUCCCCUUACGCGUGAGAGCGAGGCCAGAAGGGAAGGAUCCUGGAUACGUGUCUAUGGGAUUCCCAUCCUGCUGACGACGGCGUUUUGUGCUGUAGGCGGAUACCUGGCUUUCCUGUCCUACGAGAGCAACCACGGCGAUGAUUCGCGGUCUCCUCAGCCAGUGUCCUCCUCCCCGUCCUCUUCUUCUCUUGUCAGAGGAAAGUGGCCGAGUAGUACUUCUUCAUCUUAUCUCAGUGAGAGCUGGACGCUACGUAAUGUUAACCUGUCCAUUGAAGUGCCUGGGUCUGUCCCCGGAGGUGUCUAUACAGACCUCAUGGCAGCCGGUAUACUGUCUGAAGGCGACUUCUAUUACCGAUUCAACGACCUCAACUAUCGAUGGGUGGCAAAAGAGGAUUGGUCGUACUCUACAACAUUUGAAGUCGACCCAGAGAUGGCUCAACACCAGAGAGUUGUUCUCAUCUUCGAUGGCCUGGACACAGCAGCCGAAGUUGUCGUCAAUGGUGUCGUUGUGGGUAAAACCAACAACAUGUUCGUCAGAUACGUGUUUGAUGUAAAGGAACGGAUACAGGAGUCAAAUGUGGUAGACCUCGAGAUCAGAUUCGAAUCGCCAUUGACUUAUUCUACUCGAGCCUUUGAGGACCAACUUAAGGACUACCUAGUGCCGCCCAAAUGUGUUCCAAAGGAAUACCAAGGGGAGUGCCAUGCUAAUCACAUCCGGAAGAUGCAGGCCUCUUUUUCCUGGGACUGGGGACCAGCUUUUCCUAAUAUGGGAAUAUGGAAGCACUGGGAGCUUACCGGCUUUGACACCCUCAAAAUAAGAGACAUUUUGUUCACUGCUACACCAACAGAGGAGCUUCCUGCUAAGCCUGACUUCAGUCUGAGACCUGGAUGGAACAUCACGUUGGAGGUUGUAUUCGAUUCAGCAUUAGAAUCUGGCUCAAUAGAAGGCGAACUUGAGAUCUUUCUUGAAGACGUGUUCAAUGUGACGACAGAAACAACCAUCGUUGCAAAAGAUUUUGAAGCCUCGAAGACAGUCACGUUUGAAAUAGGCCAGAAUUUGGUUGAAAUGUGGUGGCCAAAUGGUUUCGGCGUACCCGGUCCUCGUGCACUUUAUGACCUGAACGUUACAUGGAAACCAAAAACUGAGUCGCCUGCUUCCUCGAAAGGAGUCAGAGUCGGAUUUCGAACUGUCGAGCUCAAUCAGGACUUCGUAGACCCAGCCAACGAAACUCUAGGUCGCCAUUACCGUGUUCACGUGAACAAUGUGAAAAUGUUCAUGAAAGGAAGCAACUGGAUCCCUGCUCACAUUCUUCCCGAGGUGGUGAGCAGAGACUAUACUUUGGAGCUUCUCCGGGCAGCUCAGAUCACCCACCAGAAUUGCAUCCGCGUCUGGGGAGGAGGCAUCUACGAGACAGACACCUUCUAUGAGAUCGCUGAUGAACUGGGCCUCCUGAUCUGGCAAGAUUUCAUGUUUGCCUGCAGUAUGUACCCUGUUGACCAGCCUUUCCUGGACAGUGUUGCGGAUGAAGUUCGAACCCAAGUUCGAAGACUCCAUCAUCACCCAAGUAUUCUUCUCUGGGCAGCAAACAAUGAGAACGAAGCAGCUCUUAGAGGGAACUGGUAUGGCACGGCAUCAAACUUCGAGAAGUAUAAAGCGGAUUACAAAAAGCUGUACGUCGAAACUGUUCGAAAUGUAACCCAGUCCCUCGACUCCAGUCGGCCUUUCGUUGUCAGUUCUCCAAACAAUGGCAUCGAGUCAGAGGAGGAAGACCACGUGGCUAAGCACCCAUAUAGUAACCUUUAUGGUGAUGUUCAUUACUACAAUUACCUGAGCGACGCCUGGGACUGGAAGAUCUACCCCCCGACCAGAUUCGCUUCAGAAUAUGGAUUUCAGUCUUGGCCAUCUUUCCGCACAAUGAGAAACGUGACCACAGAGGAGGACUGGAGUCGCACAUCCUCUUUGUCUUACCAUCGCCAACACCAUCCUGGUGGUCAGGAGGAGAUCGUCCUCGAAAUAGGACUCCACAUGCAUCUUCCUCCUGGUGAUGGAACGGAGAAAUCCUACAGAGAUUACCUGUAUCUCAACCAAGUCCACCAGGCUGUAGCUGUGAAAACGGAAUCGGAGUUUUACAGACGAGGCAUGAGCAGCAUCAACAGCCAAGGGGAAGGGUACAUCAGCGGGGCUCUCUACUGGCAGACCAACGAUAUUUGGCAAGGACCGUCGUGGGCAUCACUCGAGUAUGGAGGACGAUGGAAAAUGCUGCAUUACUACGUGAAGAAGUUCUUCACCCCAGUACUUGUUUCCCUUUAUGUAGAUGGAGAUGAUCUUGAAGUAGCCGUUAUCAAUGAUUCCUAUGAAUCUGUCACCGGAAUGACGUUGUCUGUGGUAUUAUAUCGUUAUGACCAAAUGAAGCCGAUCACUCACUUCAAUUCAACUGUUGAUGCUGUAGCCAUGGAAGCAAAUGUGGUUGCCCGCUACAACCUCUGGGAUGACCUGAAACUGACGGAGCACUGCCAAUCAGGACUUCAAGAUGAAGUAGAUGUAUGCUUUGUAGUUGCAGGUGCCUCUGCAGGGCACGGAGAGGGAGAGAUUCUAAGUACAAACUUCCAGCUCCUGGGAAAGCCUAAAGAUGCUCUUCUUAAGAAAGCCAGUGUGGAGGUUCAGUCAAUAUCUGGUCCGUACCUCACUACCAUUAGCAACAACACAUUCAUCAUCACAUUGUCAUCCAACCAAGUCGCUCUCUUUGUCUGGGUGGAAGUUGAUGAUCCUGGCUUCUUUUCUGACAAUGGAUUCCUGAUGGUCACGGAGGAGGUCAGCAUUGAAUUCUAUGCUCAAGGUAGUACAACAAAGGAAUUACUACAGCAGUCCAUCCAAGUUACAUCACUGACUGAUACUUACACAGACGAGUCCAUCGCCAGAGGUGACAGGGAGGCUGUGAUGGAGAAAGCACUGCAUCCCAACGACAUCAGAAAUUUAAUUUUUGUAUAAAGCUUUUCUCAGUAAACUGAUCCUCAGAACAA